GAGGGGGCGGGGGCUAACAGCGCUUCGUCACUGAGCAACGAGCAGCCGUAGAGGAAGGGGCGGCAGAGGCGCCGGGGGUUGGAAGGACAUGGCCUACGCGUAUCUCUUCAAGUAUAUCAUAAUCGGAGACACAGGUGUUGGAAAGUCAUGUUUAUUGCUGCAGUUUACAGACAAGAGAUUUCAGCCAGUGCAUGACCUUACUAUAGGUGUAGAAUUUGGUGCUCGGAUGAUAACAAUUGAGGGGAAACAAAUAAAACUUCAAAUAUGGGAUACGGCUGGGCAAGAGUCUUUCCGCUCCAUCACAAGGUCAUACUACAGAGGGGCAGCAGGGGCUUUAUUAGUAUACGAUAUUACAAGGAGGGACACUUUUAACCAUUUGACAACAUGGUUAGAAGAUGCUCGUCAGCAUUCCAAUUCCAACAUGGUCAUUAUGCUAAUUGGGAAUAAAAGUGAUUUAGAGUCCAGACGAGAAGUGAAAAAAGAAGAAGGUGAAGCAUUUGCACAAGAGCAUGGGCUUAUCUUUAUGGAGACUUCUGCCAAAACUGCUUCUAAUGUAGAAGAGGCAUUUAUUGAUACAGCAAAGGAAAUCUUCCAAAAAAUACAGGAAGGUGUCUUUGACAUUAAUAAUGAGGCAAAUGGCAUUAAAAUCGGCCCUCAGCAUGCUGCUACUAAUGCAACACUUGCAGGCAAUCAGGGAGGACAACAAGCUGGUGGAGGCUGCUGUUGAACCUGUUUUUACUUCCUAGCUGCCUGAUGGGGCCUACUAACUUGUUUCACCCUCCCUCGCUCAAUUUCAACUACGACAUGAAAUUAUUGUAAGAAGGCAUCAUGUUGCAGAAGACUUUAUUCUUCAAAUUCUUGUACAACUUUGAAUAAAUGGUUAAUGUUCACUUAAAGACAGGUUUUGGAGAUUGUAUUCAUAUCUAUAUUUCCAUUUGAUUUCUAAGUCAAUUGAUGUGAUUAUUUUUGUUAAAUGUUGUCUUGUGCCCUUGAUUACGAACUGUAUUAAACACUACAAAGUCA